AUGGAUACAUCGCCAGAACAGGCCUUGAGGGAUUCGCUGAAGAGCCUUCGCAUCAGUGGGGACUACUCCGAUAUGACUAUCGUCUGCGGCCACGAUACCUAUCAUGCCCACAAAGCGAUUAUGUGCCCGCGCUCGAGAUACUUCGAGACCACUUUCAAAGCAGAUAUGCAGGAGAACCGCACAUCCUGCGUAGACCUGUCCGACCAUAACCCAGAUGCAGUCAAGCUUGUGAUCGACUUCUUCUAUCUCACGGAUUAUGAGCCUUUGCACAAAAACCCAGCCUGGGGAUUCGAGAUCAAGAAAGAACCUACGAACAUCGAGUUUCCUGCCGCUGCAGUUGCCGAGGCUGACGAUGUUACAGCCGAACGCGGGGAUCCUCCAGCAGAGCCCGAGGGCAAGUCAAUCGCCAUGGAUGAGCCAGCGGGCCCAUCAACCGAGGACCCUCACUCGGAGCCCAUCAGCCUUGCCGAAUCGCUGCUUGACAAAACCUUCCUCCUCACGCACUGCCACGUCUACGCCUUGGCCGAGUACUUGCAAGUCGGCGACCUCAAGGGUCUGGCAGCGCGCAAGUUUCGCGCCGAGGCCGAGAAGCAAUGGAAUCACCCAGACUUCUUCGAGGCGGUGCAGGAGGUCUACCGAACGUCGGUCCGCAGCGACAGGCUCCUGCGCGACAUCGUGGUUGAUGUUAUGAAGCAACGCAAGGAGUUGUUGGAUCGGUUUGAGUACCAGGAUGUUGUCAGCCAGCUUGAUUUGUCUUUUGAGCUGCUCAUGGCGGUCAAGACUAGGGGGUGGGGUUGA